GGGUGUCGGAGGUUUCCUGGAGCUUCUGGAGCUUCUGGAGCUGUAGCGGUGAUUUCUUGCGUCUUUUCCCCGUCGAUCGGCACCGAUUCCCCGCGAGCCCGCCGCAGCCAUGCCCGGGAUAGAGAAGCUGCCGAUAGAGGAGACUCUGGAGGACAGCCCGCAGACCCGCUCUCUGCUGGGAGUGUUCGAGGAGGACACUGCAGCCGUCUCCAACUACUGUACACAGCUUUAUCAGGCAAUGCAGAGGAUUUAUGACGCGCAGAACGAGCUCAGUGCCGCCACACACCUGACCUCCAGGCUGCUGAAAGAGUACGACAAACAGCGUUUUCCUCUAGGGGGCGAUGAUGAGGUGAUGAGCUCCACCCUGCAGCAGUUUGCAACAGUCAUCGAUGAGUUGAGUUCCUGUCACGCUGUCUUGUCCACGCAACUCGCAGACGCCAUGAUGUUUCCCAUCACUCAGUUCAAAGAAAGAGACCUGAAGGAGAUCCUCACUCUGAAAGAAGUCUUCCAGAUAUCCAGCGAUGAUCAUGACACAGCGAAUAAUCGAUACAGCCGCCUGUCCAAGAAGAGGGACAAUGACAAGAUGCGGGCCGAGGUCGUGGAGGACGUCUACACCUCCCGCAAGAAACAGCACCAGACCAUGAUGCACUACUUCUGCUCACUGAACACAUUACAGUACAAGAAGAAGACCGCCCUGCUGGAGCCUCUGCUGGGCUACAUGCAGGCCCAGAUCAGUUUCUUCAAGCUGGGGUCAGAAAACCUCACCCAGCAGUGGGAAGACUUCCUGGGAACCAUAGGAACCAGCGUCCAGAAUGUGCGUCGGGAGAUGGAGGCGGAGGUGGGGCAGAUGCAGCAGACCAUCCAGCAGACAGAGACAUCAUGUGACACGCUGUAUGCGCCGUGUGACCUUGACCCCGCCCACUCACCUGUCUGUCGCAACCUGACCAGGAAACAAGGCUACCUGUACAUCCGCAAUAAAACCGGUCUGGUGUCUUCAUCCUGGGAGCGACAGUACUUCUUCACUCAGGGGGGUAACCUGAUGCAGCAGGGCCGCGGAGAGGUGGCGGGGGGGCUGCUCACCGACCUGGACAACAGCUCCGUCAUGGCAGUGGACAGCGACGACCGCCGCUUCUGCUUCCAGGUCACGUCCUUCGAUGGCAAGAAAGUCGUGACGCUGCAGGCGGAGACCAGGAAGGACUGUGAGGAGUGGAUCUCCACCAUAAACAACAUCUCCAAGAGGAUCUACCUGAGUGAGAACGCAGAGGAGCUGGCCGCCAGAGUCAACCAAUCAGCGAUUGAGGCUGUGACGCCAUCACCGUCCUUCCAGCAGAGACACGAGAGCAUGAGACCCAGCAGUAAAGGACGGGUGGGCCGAGCAAGCAGUAUCAGCUCCGUGGGGUCCGAGGCGUCGCCCGCUAUCUCCGUUCUCUCAUUGGACGCCCUGGUUGCCCCGGAAACACCCAUCCAGUUUGACAUCAUUUCCCCCGUCAGCGAAGAAAUCUCAGGGCAGAGCAAGGCGGCGGCGCAGUCCGGCAGAAGGAGUAAUCCGUUCGGAGAGUCUGGAGACAGCACAUCAGAAGAGAGUGAAGAAUCGAUCCUCCACCAGCUCUUCAUCGUGCGCUUCCUGGGCUCCAUGGAGGUGAGGGCGGCCGAGGCCCCAGACGUCAUCUCUGAGACCAUGAGACAGAUCCUGGCGGCCAGAGCCAUCCACAACAUCUUCAGGAUGACGGAGUCCCACCUGCUGGUGACCUGCGACUGCCUCAAGCUCAUUGAUCCUCAGACACAAGUCACUCGACUCAGGUUCCCUCUGUCCAGCGUGGUCCAGUGUUCGUCCCAUCAGGACAACAAGAGGCUGUUUGGCUUCAUCUUGCAGCCGGCGAGUGAGCGGGGGGGCGACAGCCGAGCCGUCUGCUACAUCUUUGAGUCCAACAACGACGGAGAGAAGAUCUGUGACAGUGUCGGUCUGGCCAAGCAGAUCGCCUUCCACUCCGAGAUGGACCGAAAGGCAGUGGAGAAGAGGAAGGAGCAGGACAAGGCCAAAGAGAAACAGCAGGAGGAACUCAGCAAACAGAGACAGAUAGAGAAGGAUCUGGAGGAGCAGAGUCGUCUGAUCGCCGCCUCGAGUCGUCCGGCCAACCCGCCGGCCGCUGACGGACAGUUCCUCGUGCUCAGCAUCAGCCCGUCGGAGGAGAGUGAGGCUGGGGACGAGGGGAAGAAGACGGGCGAGUCGGAGGCCUGAUGACACGGAUCCAUGUUUCACUUCCCAGGCAGGUCUCAGGAGGGGAACGCCACCCGCCCACCCGGGCUGCCUGGGACUGGAAAACAUGUGCUCCCUCUCAUGGACUCCCAUAUGUGUGAUAGAGCCCAUCACUCUGAAAAUAGAGGACAAACUGAACACACCCUCACUAUAUGUGGAGGAGGAGGAGGAGGAGGGGGAGGGGGAGUGAACGAUGAAACUCCUCGUAACAGACUUGUGUUUUAUUCUGUGUGUAAAAACGCUGCUUUUUAUAUCGGCUCCGCCCGCCAGAAAAGGACAAAAAAUAUAGAUUAACCUGUAAGUUUCUGUUUUAUAUCAUUAUUUUAUAAAGAAAAGAGCUAAAAAUACUGACAGCGGAUAUAAAGCAGAGCAACGUGAGGAAGAAAUAACCAGAAUCUGACUCGGGAGAAAACGCAAACUGAAUUCAGACAGUGUCAGGUCUUGCUCAAGGGCACUUUGGUCACAUCAGCUCAGACAAGUGAUGUUCUAAAACAAGAAGACUAGGAGAGAGAGUCAGAGAGAAAGAAGGGACUCUUAUUUUGAAGGGUCCUUGCAGUUGAGAAGACAUCCUGUGAUCUUCACUCAUUUCACUCCAGGGUGAAAAAUAGCGUAUGAACGUCACCGCUGAGCUUAAAACGAUUAUUUGAUUUGUCCAUCGAUGGUCGACAGAAAAUUUACUGUCAACUAUUUAAAUAAAUAGUCAAGUAAAAAUAGAUCGAACGGUUUCACCUUCUUGUUGAGAGGUCGUUGAGUUUCCUUCUCUGUUGUAAUAAGUUCAAUAUUUUUGGCUUUUGGACUGUUCAAAAAACCAAACAUUUGAUGACGUUAUCUUCAGCUGUAGGAGAAUCUGUUGGUUAAUAGAACGAAUGAGACAUUUAAACAGGUGGCGGAACUCUUCUUCUUCUUCUCGACACCUGUCCGAGGCUGUUCCUUAAAUACGGAUCUUUAUUUAAACCCCAAACGUUUACUGUGCACAACCCAACUCAAGCAAGUGCUCAUCGUUUACUCUUAUAAACUAAAAGUGCAUCUAGGUCAAAAUUAGUUUGAAUUUGGUUGAAAAGAUAAUUUCUGUUUCCUCAAUCGCGCCUGUUUUUCGACGGUUUACCGAAUAGAUUUUCUCUCUUUAAAAAUAGAUAAAGUUACAUUGGAUUCAUUCACUAAACUGAAACACGUGUCUUUAAUUCAUCUCUUCCGCCAAAUAACCAGUCGUGUGUUUCUCCUGGAGUCACGAUGUCUACCUGUGCUUUCACACGUGUGUUUCUGGGUCGUUGCUUUGGGGCCUGUUGCGCUUUCCAUUGUUUUUUUCUUCAUUAAUCAGCGUUUUUUUCCCCCCCGAGUGGGUCGCAGCGACCUGAGUGAUCUGCAGAAGACGGAGCUUCAGUCCACAGGUCGUUGACUUUGCAUGAACGACGGACGGACCUCCUCAGUCGGCUGUGGGGAUGUUAACAAGCUGAGGAAGUUUCUAAAUCAGCCUAAAACAAAAGUUACUAAUGACGAGUUCAUUUCUUGGUGGUUUGUUGUCUCGUGGGAGGAAGUUUCCUCGUGUUGGUGGAGCUGCUCUUUAACAACAGAUCAAACACGACAGGGUGGACGGUGUUGAACUGUAAAUAUGUGCUUGAUGUUCUAGUGUCAUGGUUAAUAAAAAGGCUUUUCAGUGAUAAUUAAAACACUAACUCCA